AUGGCACUCUUCGACCAACGACCAGCGUACGCGCACGAGCCUACAGUGGCUCCUAUCGAGCACCGAUUCAGCCCGUACUCUGAUAACGGUGGAACCAUCCUCGCUAUUGCCGGAGCGGACUUUGCUGUCAUUGCGGGUGACACUAGGCAGUCGGAAGGGUACAGCAUUCAGACUAGAUAUGCGCGAAAGGUCUGGCAAUUGACCGACAAUGCUACUCUGGCGACCAACGGCUUUGCUGCAGAUGGGAAGAACUUUGUCAAGCGAGUCAAGCAGAGACUGGAGUGGUACGAGCACGCUCACCACAAGCCAAUGGGCCUCAAAGCGAUCGCCCGUAUGAUCCAGACCAUGCUCUACGGCCGCCGCUUCUUCCCCUACUACGUCUACAACAUUCUCGGCGGGAUCGAAGAGGACGGUACCGGUGCCGUCUACUCGUUUGACCCUGUCGGAUCAUACGAGCGCGAAGCGUGCCGAGCGGCCGGAGCCGCCCAAUCCCUCGUGCAACCCUUCCUCGACAACCAAAUCUACUUUAAAAACCAGACACCCGCUCCCGGCGCAGAAGCCUUUGUGCCCGGUCGGUUACCCAUGGCGACGGUGCUCGGGCUCGUCGUGGACUCGUUCACGUCCGCGACGGAACGGCAUAUCGAGGUGGGAGAUGGGCUGGAGAUGUAUGUGGUGAUGAAGGAGGGAAGGCAGACGACGGAUCUGACGGAUGAGGGACAGUUGCCGGCGGGGAUGAAGGUGGAGGAGCUGGGGAGUAUGGGAGAGGGACGAGGGGAGAAGACGUUCCUGGUUUCGAUGCCGCUCAAGCGGGACUAG